UCCCGGCCCGGCAGGAGGAGGGGUCGGGGCCGGGGCUUCCCCCGCCCGCCGGGCGAAGGCGGGAGGCGGAGGCGGAGCCGGCACCGCCCCUCGGCGCUUCCCGGCUGCAGGAAAGUUUUGCCCAGGAGCCGAGCGGCCCGGCUCGGGCCAUGGCCAAGUCCUACGAUCACCUCUUCAAACUGCUGCUGAUCGGGGACAGCGGGGUGGGGAAAACCUGCCUGAUCAUCCGCUUCGCCGAGGACAACUUCACCAGCACCUACAUCUCCACCAUCGGGAUCGACUUCAAAAUCCGGACAGUGGAAAUUGAGGGGAAAAAGAUCAAACUCCAGGUCUGGGACACGGCGGGACAGGAGAGGUUUAAAACCAUCACGACGGCGUAUUACCGAGGAGCCAUGGGAAUCAUCCUCGUGUACGACAUCACAGAUGAGAAAUCCUUCGAGAACAUCCAGAACUGGAUGAAGAGCAUCAAGGAGAACGCUUCUGCAGGGGUGGAGCGCCUCCUCCUGGGGAACAAGUGUGACAUGGAGACCAAGCGCAAGGUGCAGCGGGAGCGUGCAGAGAAGCUCGCAAAGGAACAUGGGAUCCGGUUCUUUGAGACCAGUGCCAAGUCCAGUGUGAACGUGGAGGAGGCCUUCAACACCCUGGCCCAGGACAUCCUGCUGAAAUCCACCAAGAAACUGGGUAAAAUCCCCAAAGGGAACCUGGACUUGCAAAGUUCUCCGAAGAAAAGCAGCAGUAAAUGCGCCGUGGUCUAGCAGCAGCCACGCCGCAGGAGCACCCCAGGGUGCCACCCCUCCCAGGCGCCACGCCGGAGCACGUAGUGCCACUGUGCCACUCCUCUCCUUUCUGCCACUCUCCUGUUCCUCUGUGACAGCGUGGGCCGGGCAGCUCCCUGCGCCUGGAGCCGGGUGGCUGAGCAGAGCUGAGCUCCGGAGCUGGGGUCUCCGAGGGGCCAUUCCCACAGCCAGUCAACCUUCCAGCUGCUUGUGUGCUCCGAGAGAGGAGGAGCGGGAGGCGCCCUGCAGGCUGAUUUGGAGGGGAAGGGAGCAGAGGGGGGAGGGAGGAGCUGGAGAAGAGGGGGGCUGCAGAGAGGAAGGACAGGGGAGACCUGGCCAUGCUGCAGCCAGGGUGCAGGGUUCGUCCGCUUGGUGCUCCCAGGGGCACGUUGAGUCGAAGCCCUGGGAAGCCGGGAUCCCUUCUCCCAAACCAGCCUGCGGGUCCCCCGGGCUCCAGGCAAACACUGUACAUAGGGCUGGCUGCUCCAUCACACAUAGGAAUGACUGUCUGAAAACCCAGGGCCCGCAAGCCCCAGGUGGGGCCCAGUGUCUCUUCUCCCAGGGCCGGCAGAGCCCCCUGCGUGCCUCGGGCGCCCGGCGCUAUUUAAUUAACCAUAUAAAGCCCCAGCUUGUGCCUUCGCUCUCGGCUCCAGGGUGUUUCUUUGACAGCACCGACUAUGGGCAGCGCAGAGGCUGGUGUGGGGCUGCCCUGCUGGGUGUGCAGGGCUGUCAAAGACCCCCCCACACACCAGCCAGCAGCCCCAAGAUCAGCGAGACGAAGAGCCUUAAAGGGCAAAUUGAACACCCCUGCGCCACACGGGUUCUGCGUUUCUCCUGGGCCUCUCACGCUGAGCCCAUGAAAACGGGCACCUGUGUCCCUUUUGUUUCCUGCCCUGGGUCUCAUGCUCCCAGCAAGGCAGCUGGGCCCCAGAGCCAGGCUGGGCGAGCUCAGGCCUUUCAUUGAACCAGCCUCUGCCUUCGAGCUGCAAAGCCUCGUGUUUGCCACGUGACCCCCACCGUGAGGCCGGCUGCCUGCAGCGCCCUGUGUGUGGCAGCCCCUGGGCUCUGGCUCCACUCCCGGCCCCCUAAGACCGGAGCCCCCCCAGAACACAGCACCAGGCCCCCAGGAGCGGCUCUCUGGCUGGAGCUGGCUUGGGCCAAGGAGACUCCGUGGGCUGAUGUGGAGGUGGGAAGGGCCCUGGCCCAGAGCUGCCAGCUGCCUGCAGGGACCAGGGCAGGAGAAGAAGCUGGGUCCUGAGGCGAGUGCUCUGCUGGGGGGGCUCCUGCCCGUCUCGCCCCCAGGCCCUCGGCGCAGCGUCCCCCCAGGGCAAGGGGCAGGCGGGGGCAGGUCGUCCCUGCCUU